CUGACACUGCCUUCACAUUAAAAAAGUUGGAAUCUUGGAUGAUAGAUAGAUAGAAAGAUAGAUACGUGCUCUCUGUGGCACUGCUGUGCUUUGCCUGCUAGCUGCUCCUCUUGACCAUCUCUAUCUCUCUAACGGUGUAAAUGCAGCAGCUGUGCGCUUCAAAAGAGAGAGAGAGAGAAUCACAGUGUGUGAGAAGAAAGGUAGCUAGCUAAGAAACACACAUAUGGGAAAGAAAACUGGGAGCUCAUGGCUGAUGGCAGUCAAGAGAGCCUUUAGAUCAUCUCCGCCUAAAGACAAUGAAGAUGAUGAAAAGAAAAGGGAGAAGAGGAGAUGGGUGUUCAGGAAGUCUUCAGGGCAGGAGCAGAAGCCGGCGGUGUCUGAGGCGCCUGUAACGGUGGAGCAGAGACGAGCAAUGGCUGUCGCGGUGGCCACGGCGGCUACGGCGGAGGCGGCGGUGGUGGCGGCGCAAGCUGCGGCGGAGGUUGUUAGACUAGCACGACCGUCGGCGAGCUUUGUUAGAGAACACUAUGCUGCCAUUGUUAUCCAGACAGCAUUCCGCGGAUAUCUAGCGAGAAGGGCAUUGCGAGCGUUGAAGGGGUUGGUGAAGUUGCAAGCUCUGGUGCGCGGGCACAACGUUAGAAAGCAAGCCAACAUGACAUUGAGAUGCAUGCAAGCUCUGGUGCGUGUGCAGGCACGCGUGCGCGACCUACGCCUGCGUCUCAUUCACGAAGGUGGAGGCGGCCCCGCUGCCAGUGCAAGCAGCAGCAAGUCAUCCUUCAGCUGCGACGCUUCCAUUUGGGAGUCCAAACAUCUCCAAGAGUUUUCUGAAAGACGAUCCAUGUCAAGGGAGGAAAUGGAGGAGCGGCCACGUACCAUGGAAGAGAUCCAAGCUUUGCUGCAGAGCAGGAAAGACGCAGCCUUGAAACGAGAGAAGGCACUCUCGUACGCGUUCUCUCAGCAGGCAUGGAGACCAGAACGAUCCAUUGAAGAGAGAAGUGAAACAGAGGAGCAGCAACCGAGGUGGCUGGAACAAUGGAUGGCGUCUCGAGCUUCAUAUGAUUAUGCGAGUAGUAUUAGCAGAGGAAGAACGUCCAUGGAUCACAGAGACCCUAUCAAGACCUUAGAGGUUGAUACUGCUCGUCCUUUCUCUUACUCCACGCCCAGCACUGCUCGAAGGCCGGCGCCGCCGCUGGCGCACCUCCAUCGCUCCCCUGCCACCCCUUCUCCUUUAAAGGCGAGACCUUUACACGUUCGCUCCGCCAGUCCUCGUUGCUCCUACUCUUCCGCCACCUCUGGCCCCGCGGCUGCAGUGAGAAACCAGAGCCAGACGGCGGUGCCAAACUACAUGGCGGCAACGGAGUCAGCCAAGGCGAGAGUGAGAUCUCAAAGCGCGCCACGUCAACGUCCGGCGACUCCAGAGAGAGAUCGAGCUGCGGCAAGGAAGCGGCUUUCGUUUCCGGUGCCGGCGCCGGAGCCAUGCUACGGUGGAUACUCGUUAAGGAGUCCAAGCUUCAAGAGCGCGGCGGGGAGGAUGGUCGGCGAGCAGAGGUCGAAUGUUUCAUCUUCGUACGCAGAUAGCAUUGGGGGAGAGAUCUCUCCAUGCUCGACGACGGAUCUCCGGCGAUGGCUCCGGUGAGGGAGUAGUAAGACGAGGAGGACUUCAUGCCUCGCGAUUCGUGCUGUUGAUGAUGAUGAUGAAUGAUGAUGUACUUUGAGAGGGGUUGGGGUUGGGUUUUGUCGGUACUUGGGUGGUGAUUUGGAUGCGAGAGAACAGAGAGGACUUGUUGGUUUAACGUGGUCUGCAGGCGUACCAGACGUACGUGUCUGGCUGCGGGGUCUAUACCAUUUUACGUUUUUUACCGCCUUAUAAUUUUUAUAAUUAUCAAAUAAGUCCUUUUUUCUCUGCUUGCUAUUAGUUAUUUUCUCAGGGUGUUAAUUGUCACUGUGGUUGGCCAAAGAUCUUUGGGUCUAUUGGUAUACGGGUCGC